AGCGAGCCCUCGUCCAGCCCACUUUUCACGGGGCAAAGAACACCUGAAGAACAAUGCUAGGAGGGGGGCUCCGGAUAUAAGCGACGCCUUAGUCAAAGUCUGUCUUCACUUUUGCAUUCCUUGCUUAACAGGCUCUGAUCCUCCCAGCUCGGUCUAAGGACACACAGAAUGCAGGCGAGCAGCCGGCCGCUAGAGGAUCUCUGACUCUAGGAUCGCAGAACUGAGGGUUGAAGUCAAGACGCAAAAUGGUGGCCUCUUCUCUCGCCGUCCUGCGGGGAAGCAGGCUGUGCCGAUUCGGCUGGAAGAGCUGGGCGCCGCUGUCAGGGCCUCUGCCGCUCGGCCCGGGUGGCCGGACGACGUGGGCGCGGGCGAAGGCGACGCUGGUGCUGGAGCCCGCGGGCCGCAGCUGCUGGGACGAGCCGCUGGGCAUCUCCGUGCGCGGCCUGGCCCCCGGGCAGCCCGUCACGCUGCGCGCGGCCCUGCGCGACGAGAAGGGCGCGCUCUUCCGCGCCCACGCGCGCUACCGCGCCGAUGCCCACGGCCAGCUGGACCUGGCGCGCGCGCCCGCGCUGGGCGGCAGCUUCGCGGGGCUCGAGCCCAUGGGGCUGCUCUGGGCCAUGCAGCCCGACCGGCCUUUCUGGCGCCUGGUCAAGCGCGACGUGCAGACGCCCUUCGUGCUGGAGCUGGACGUGCUGGACGGACACGAGCCCGACGGCGGGCGGCUGCUGGCCAAGGCGGGGCACGAGCGCCACUUCCUGGCUCCCGGGGUGCGGCGCGUGCCCGUGCGCGAGGGCCGGGUGCGCGCCACGCUCUUCCUGCCCCCAGAACCUGGCCCCUUUCCUGGGAUCGUGGACCUUUUCGGAGUUGGAGGUGGCCUCCUGGAGUAUCGGGCCAGUCUGCUGGCUGGGAAGGGCUUUGCCGUGAUGGCUCUGGCUUAUUAUAACUACGACGACCUGCCCAAGAGCAUGGAAACCAUGCGCAUAGAGUACUUUGAAGAAGCCGUGAACUACCUGCGUAGCCACCCCAAGGUAAAAGGACCAGGAAUUGGGCUGCUUGGGAUUUCCAAAGGGGGAGAACUUAGCCUUGCUAUGGCCUCCUUCCUGAAGGGCAUCAAAGCUGCCGUGAUCAUCAAUGGCUCUGUGGCUGCUGUUGGGAACACCAUCUACUACAAGGAUGAGACUAUCCCCCCUGUGUCUCUUCUGAGAAAUCGCAUCAAAAUGACCAAAGAUGGCCUCAAGGAUGUCGUAGAUGCUCUGCAGAGCCCUUUGGUAGAGGAAAAGAGCUUCAUCCCCGUGGAGAGGUCUGACACGACCUUCCUGUUCCUAGUAGGGCAGGAUGACCACAACUGGAAGAGCGAGUUCUAUGCGGAAGAGAUCUCUAAACGCUUACAGGCCCACGGGAAGGAGAAGCCCCAGAUCAUCUGCUACCCGGAAGCUGGCCAUUACCUUGAGCCCCCUUACUUCCCACUGUUCAAAGCUGGCAUGCACCAACUGGUGGGCACUAAUAUCCUCUUUGGAGGGGAACCUAAGCCCCACGCCAUGGCCCAGGUGGACGCAUGGCAACAGCUCCAGACUUUCUUCCACAAACAGUUGGGUAGUAAGAGUUAGGGGGCCUCCUAACAUGCAACCCCUUAUCUGCUGGUUUUGGAGAACCUCAAAUACAGUAUCAGAAUGUCAGUUCAGGUUAGUUUAUCUGAACAUAUUCUAAUUCUUCUAAGUCUUUCUUUCUUUCUUGCCUUUUUUGUUUUGUUUUGUUUUUUGAGACAGUUUCUCUGUGUAGCCCAGGCUGGCCUCGAACCCUCGUAGAUCUGCCUGCCACUGUCUCCCAUGUGCUGGGACUAAAGUAAAGUUGGGUACCACCAGACCCAGCUUAAGUUCUUCUUCUUUUUUUUUUUUAAUAUAAUAAAAUAAGUGCCUGUAAAGGACUGAGGAGAGAGCUUAGUGGUAACAGAUUUGCCCUUCUUUCAUGGUGCCCUGAGUUCACUUCCCACUGCUGUAAGACAACAAGGAAAUUAAGACUUUGCUGUAAAAAUAGUGCCUAUUGAGCUGGUGAGAUCGCACAGUGAGUAAGUGUGCUUUCUGCCAACCCUGACAACUUGGGAUUUUUCCCCUCCUCAGGAUCCACAUGGUGGAAGGACGGAACCAACUCUGACAAGUUGUCCACAUACAGACACACACACCCAAAUACAAUGUGAUUUAAAGAUAGUGCCUAUCUAAAAAAGAGUUCUUUUAUAUCCUGAAUCAAAAGGCAGCCAUAAUUAUAAACAUUCUUAUUAAAAUAAAAAUUAAAUAAUUCUAGACAAAA